AUGGCUGCCUUGUUCGGACGAUACUCUGCAUUCUUGGCCAGGAGGCCUGUCGUUGGCAACAUGGCUUCUUCGGCGGUCCUCUUCGCUACUGGUGACGUUAUCGCCCAGCAAUUGAUUGAGAAAAAGGGAAAGGACCAUGACCUCACUCGUACUGGCCGGAUUGUGGUGUGGGGUGGUCUGUGCUUUGCUCCCGUGGUCCACGUGUGGUUCAAGACACUCGCAAGGUUGCCUAUCCAGUCAAAGGUUGCCGGUACCGCGGCGCGUGUGGCUUUGGAUCAGUUCGCGUUUGCGCCUUUCGCCUUGACCAGUUUCUUCACUGCCAUGACCUUGAUGGAAGGUAAGAACCUUGAGGCUGCCAAGCUCAAGUGGAACGAGUCUUUCGUGGAUACCUUGAAGGCGAACUGGAUGCUUUUCAUCCCCUUCCAGGCUAUCAACAUGCUCAUUCCCCUUCAAUACCGACUCCUGGCUGUCAACGCUGUCAACAUCCCAUGGAACACCUUCCUUUCAAUCCAAAACGCGAAGGGCAAGGUUGAGGAAGAGAAGGUGGAGACUCUCAAGCAGGAAUAA